AUGUCUCCUUCAAGACCUGCCAAGGAAGUCAUAUUGAUUUCUCAUAUUGGAAAGCUGAAGGAUUUUCUUCUGCAACACAGAAAAGAUUACAUUAAUGCUUACAGCCAUAUUAUGUCUGAGUAUGUGAGGAUGACAGAUACAGAGCGUGAUCAGAUAGAUCAAGAUGCUCAGAUAUUUAUGAGGACGUGUGCCGAUGCCAUUCAUCAGCUGAGAACAGAAGCACACAAGGGUGUCCAGUCUGCUCAGGUAAAGGAGCACAGAACAGCUGUCUUGGACUUCAUUGAAGAUUACUUAAAAAGAGUAUGUAAGCUGUAUUCUGAACAAAGAGCCAUCCGAGUUAAGCGAGUGAUAGAUAAGAAGAGACUGUCCAGACUUGAACCUGAGCAGAGCAACGUGUCCAAAUCACCUCUUUCUGCUGAAAAACCUUCACAGAAUCCUUUAGAUGAUUCUGAAGAAAAACUUUCUGCUGAGGAAAGCAGCGACAGGAAUCUGCCUGAUGCCCAAAGUAACCUUGGAUUAUGGGGGGACAGCAAAGGUGAAGAUGAGCUGUCACCUGAAGAAAUACAAAUGUUUGAACAGGAGAACCAGAGACUCGUUGGUGAAAUGAAUAAUCUCUUCGAUGAAGUCAGACAAAUUGAAGGAAAAGUGGUGGAAAUCUCCAGAUUACAAGAGAUAUUCACUGAAAAAGUCUUGCAACAGGAGACGGAUAUUGACAAUAUCCAUCAACUAGUUGUGGGUGCAACAGAGAAUAUCAAAGAAGGCAACGAAGACAUAAGAGAGGCAAUCAAAAACAAUGCUGGAUUUAGAGUAUGGAUCCUAUUCUUCCUUGUGAUGUGUUCGUUUUCCUUGCUUUUCCUGGACUGGUAUGAUAAUUAAUUAGAAAUAUAGUAUUGUCUACAUGCUUUGUCUGUAAAACUUUUGACUUUUUUUUCAAUGGAGUGGGGUAUAUGGCAUACCGCUGUAUUUUAUGCAUUUUUUCAUACCGCUAUGAUGGAAGUAUUUCCCAAUGAAUAAGCAUGUGUAUAUAUCCAUUAGUGCAGAGGGAGCGGCUAGCAUUCAUUUUAAAUCCCUUUAUCGAA